CCGCCCCGCCAGCCCUAAUUUACAACUGCCGAUUUUUUUAUUAACCGUGGUUUAGCCAAAGGCGGUGGCGAAACCUUACUUCGGUGUUGACCGCCGAAUCAAUGGCCGUUCCAGGGAGGCGCAACGGUGUGAUGGGCGACGACGACGACGACGACGAAAUCCUCUUGGACGACGGCAAUGCCUUAGCCGAGCUUGAUCUCGAACCCGACGUCCCCCCUCACCUCCGCGCCCUCUUCGAGGCCGUCGAGACCGGAAACGUUGACGCCCUUCGGCGGGCCCUGGAUAAUCAUAAUGGAAGCAUUGAUGAACCCGUUGAAGAUGGUGAUACAGUUCUUCACUUAGCUUGUCUCUAUGGGUAUUUUUCAUGUGUUCAGUUACUUCUAGAGCGUGGAGCUAGCUUGGAGGCCAAGGAUGAGGAAGGGGCCAUUCCGCUUCAUGAUGCUUGUGCUAGCGGAUUUCUUGAGAUAGUUCAAUACAUGCUGAGCUUUGCCAGUGGCCCCGAUGUUAUAACCCGCAUGUUAAAUGUUACUGAUACGGAAGGCGAUACUCCUCUGCAUCAUGCUGCAAGGGGAGAGCAUCUUGGUGUAGUACGGCUGUUGCUUGCAGCUGGGGCUUCUCCAAUGAAGAUAAACAUAAACGGAAAGAUUCCGGCGGAUCUUGCAGACCAGGAUACAGAAGUUCGGAGCAUUUUAACUGAGGCUGCAGCCGCUGCUGAUGCUGUGCAAUGCUAGUAUAGUACCAUAUGGUGAGAGCAGAACUCAUGCAUGCUAAAUUGAUGUACUCAUACAAGAAUUCAUAAGACUUCUCAAAAAGCACCAAUUGGUUGCUUAAUAUGCUUGGGAAUUUUGGUACAGUUCGGUCUUGCGGUUGUCUGAUAUAUCUGAUAAUAUAUGCAAAUGCAAUAUUUGUUUGCUAAA